AUGAGAUGUAGCUGUCGUGUUUUGACUUCCCCUCUUUCGAGCCUGGAGUGGAUGAAUUAUCUAGGUUUAAAGAACGGGUUGAUAUGUCAAAAGAUUCGGUCGUAUGCACCCGCUGGAGGGAAGCAAGCUGCCAAUACACCAGUUCGCUGUAUUGUGGCAUCUAAAAAUAUUGUCAGAGGCGAACGUAUCUGCGUGGUGCCUCCGAAGUGUGUCCUGACGGGCAAUCAGGCAGACAAUCUUAUUCGAGAAAUAUGUGACCGUGCUCAACGUUCAUCUAUAACUUUACCAGAUUAUACUAAAUUAAUAUCUUCUAUUCAUAAUGUAGACGAAGGUGCACCGGAGUUAUUGCUGACGCGUGAUGGUCUCCUGCUCACCCUUCUGCUGUUUUUGCUACGAAACACACGUUACGCUAGUCUGCUUCCAUCAGACCAUGCACUCCGUCUGUGGGCCCAUAGUUUGCCACCCCAGGUGCCACCUUUAGGUCUGCUGCUCCGUCAACAUUAUGAGGGCACCUGUGAGCAUACACCAUUGCAACAUCGACUUGUGAUGAAUAAAAACCUUACAACGGAGCUUCUUCCCACAUCGGAUGUAAAAGAGGAGGUUGGGAAGCUGAUGGUUGCAGCGGUGGAGGCUGAUGGUCUUGAUACGUUGCGUACACCACACGUCGAGGUGGCAGUCACGGAAAGAAUAUUGUCCGAUUUUUAUAAGGGCAGAUCAACCGCUUUGACGCAAAGACAACACGAAGUGGCUGUCGCACAUGUGUUGCGCCACACAAACAGCGCAUCUUUAAAGCAUCUCAUCCACAUGGAAUAUCAGCUUCACAUGGACCUAGUUCUGCCGCUUCUGAAGUCACUAGGCGUGUAUGACCUCUGUGAUGACGAUGCUGUACCCCAAGAGGACUUGGCAUGUCUGCGUUGGGCUCAUUUUAUGAUGCGCUCAAGAGUAGUGAAUAUUUGUUGGCGUCGCAACUCUCCGCGGAUGGCGUUGGUCCCUUUUCUAGAUCGUCUGAAUCACUCACAUAGUCGGGCAAAUAUCGUUUAUUUUCAGGACCCGUUUGACAAAGCUGUGGUAGUGACCGCCUCCAGGCCCAUUCCUGCGGGUGAAGAGCUGGUCAUGCAAUAUAGUAAUUACGGUCAGCGUGGGUGUCUUUUUGGUGAUGCAUCUCCUAGUUGGAAUACUGCCACGGCGCCAGAGACCCUAGGUUAUCAAAAUACCAACCGUGUUUCUUCACACCAAAAAGAUGUUAUACAGCAAGUUCGUGCAAUCGAGGCAAAACAGAGGAGAGAGAUGUAUGUUGAUGAUGACGCCACCACCACCUUAAGUGAAAGCCGCUUUUUCGAUCCUGUCCACAGCGGAUGUGUCGCCAAAAGUGAGCUCUCUCAGGUGAAGUUGGCCCAACAUGAAGCUGUGAUUGAAUCAACUUGGUUGUGGCGCUAUGGAUUUAUCCGCAGCGAUACCGAGAAAUCAUACGAAGCGUCUCAUAAAUGGAGCAAUGGGUUGCGCAAUCGCAUUGCCGAUCUUACAGACGUGCGGCGUAAAGGACGCCCAGGGGAAUUUGUGAUUGGAGUGCCAGAAGGUCUAGGACAUCUACGAGCUCAGCGGGAGGCUCUGGAACGGGAGUGGUACAACAACACACGUAUUUUUCCACCACAGCAAGCUUAA